AUGUUGAAAGCUGAUUUUGAAGCAACAAAGUAUAUUGGUGUCAAAUUUGCUAUAAUCACUCUCGCCACCACUGCAGCUACUGGACUUGGCUUUGCUUGUUUGUUGUGCCGCUCUCCUCUCAAGCAUUCAUCUCCAAUAAGGUGUUUCAUUAAGUUCAUCAAAACCAUGGCUGAUACCAAACAAGAUAUGGAGGUUUCAGGGGAUGAGAAGAAGAUAGCGAAGAUGAGCUCGUUUAAAAAGAAAGCGAUAGGCGCAUCAAACAGAUUCAAGAAUUCGUUCAAGAGGAAGACUCGAAGAACCGGCAGCAGAAUCGUGUCCGAACCUGUCGAAGAUGACAUCAAUGCGGAGGAUCUUCAGUCUAUAAACGUAUUCCGUCAACUCCUCCUCGACGAUGGCCUUUUGCCCUCCAAACAUGACGAUCAUCACAUGUUGCUCAGAUUCUUAAGGGCGAGAAAACUUGACAUUGAGAAAGCCAAGCAAAUGUGGAGUGACAUGCUCCGGUGGAGAAAAGAAUUUGGAGCCGACACUAUCAUUGAGGAUUUCGAGUUUGAAGAGAUCGAUGAAGUAGUCAAACAUUAUCCUCAAGGCUAUCAUGGAGUGGACAAAGAAGGAAGACCGGUUUACAUCGAGAGAUUAGGCCAAAUCGAUGCUACCAAGCUGUUGCAAGCGACUUCAAUGGACCGGUACGAAAAAUACCAUGUGAAAGAGUUCGAGAAGAUGUUCAAGAUCAAGUUCCCUUCUUGCUCAGCCGCAGCCAAGAAGCACAUUGAUCAAAGCACGACCAUUUUCGAUGUGCAAGGCGUGGGGCUUAGGAACUUUAACAAAUGCGCGAGAGAGGUUCUUCAACGCCUUCUCAAGAUCGAUAACGACAACUACCCUGAGACUUUGAACAGAAUGUUCAUCAUCAAUGCGGGUCCAGGAUUCCGGCUCUUAUGGGGCCCGGUUAAAAAAUUUCUUGAUCCAAAGACAACAUCAAAGAUUCAUGUUCUCGGGAACAAAUACCAAGCCACAUUGCUCGAAGCCAUCGACGCUAGCGAGUUGCCAUAUUUCUUUGGCGGUCGUUGCAAUUGUGAAGAGAAUGGAGGCUGCAUGAGAUCUGAUAAAGGUCCAUGGAAUGAUCCUGAGUUUUUUCAGAUGGCUAGUAACCCUGAAGCAAAGUUCCCAACUAUUACCGAAGAGGAGGACAAGCUUGUAGUUGAAGGAACAUCAACGUCGAUGGUCUUUGAACCUCUAGAGAGGAACAAGGUGAAAACUAUCGAAGACAAUGUGCGUGAGAAGCACAUUUCAACAGUUGACAAGUUCAUGGCUGUAUCUUUACCUCCAAAACCUCAAUUGAAAAUUCUCAAAAAGGGGAAGGGGCCACAAAAGAGAGAUGAUAGUUUUCUUGUGGGAGGGGUUAUCGCCUUUGUGAUGGGAAUUUUAGCAAUGGUCCGGCUAUCUAAAGACGUUCCACGCAAGCUCACGGAGGCUGCAAUAUUCGGAAACUCAGUUCACUACGAGGAAUCAAAAAUGUCUAAAGCGAAAGAAGAACAAAGUCCACCACCAGUCUCAAGCUCCGAGUACGUGGUAAUGGUGAAACGAAUGACCGAACUCGAAGAAAAGUGCACGUCCCUUGAGUCGAAAUUACCAGUAGAUGACGCUUUAGAGAAAGAAGACAGACUUCAGGCUGCGCUUAGCCGGGUUCAAGUACUUGAGCAUGAGUUAUCUGCGACCAAAAAGGCUUUGGAUGAAACGAUCGUUAACCAGAAGGGGAUUCUUGCAUAUAUUGAGAAGAAAAAGAAGAAGAAAAGCUUGUUUUUCAGGUUCUAA